AUGAUUUUUACGAUCACUGGUUUGACUUUAUUAAGUGCAUUGUAUUGUAAUUGUGCUAAAACCAGUUUCGGUCGUAUAAAAGYCAAUGAAUCGGGAGAUUUGGCCCGCGAUUUGGCGCGGACUCAAAAUAUUAAUAUAACCGACUUAUUGGAUCAAAUACUUCUGGGAUAUGAUAAUCACAUUAGACCUGACUUUGGUGGUCCUCCAACUCAGGUGUUUAUUGAUUUUCAUGUGAGAAGUAUGGGUCCAAUAUCUGAGAUUGAUAUGACAUACGUAAUGGACUGUUAUUUUCGUCAGACUUGGACUGAUAAGAGACUAUCGUAUAGAUAUCGGUCUGCAAAGGAAAGGGAUGGCAACAAAACAUUGACAGUCCCUGCGUUAGCCCUUUCCAUAUAUAUGUUGGACAGGAUUUGGAAACCUCCGACCUAUUUCUUGAACAGUCGACAGUCACAUAUGCACGUCAUAACACUUCCCAACAAAUUUGUUCGCAUCUAUUCUGACGGCAAAGUCCUAUAUUCUUCCAGGAUGACAAUCACUGCUAACUGUCCCAUGAAUUUAGAAAACUUUCCAAUGGAUACACAAAGAUGUCCACUGGCUUUAGGCAGCUUCGGUUAUUCACAAAGAGAAGUGGUUUAUAAUUGGAAUCCCGACCGAAAAGUGGUCAUAAAUCCCGAUAUGAAGAUGUCUCAGUUCGACCUCAUAGCAGUUCCCGUCUCAAACCGAAGUAAUGAUGGACGCAAAGAUGGUCCAUAUUCUAUACUUUUGGCCAGUUUUCACUUUCAGCGACAUAUGGGCUCAUUUGUCAUUGAAGUAUAUGCGCCCUGUAUUAUGUUGGUUGUCCUUUCAUGGGUCAGCUUUUGGAUUAACAGAGAGGCAACAGCCGAUAGAGUGACUUUAGGUUUGACAACUGUGCUUACGAUGACAUUUUUAGGUCUAGAGUUGAGGAACGACCUACCAAAAGUGCCCUAUCUGACAGCACUCGACUAUUUCGUGUACAUAUCGUUUGCAUUCAUUUCUGCCACAAUUCUUGAGUUUGGUUUCGUUCACUUCUUCACUAAAAUUGGUUCGGGUGAGUAUUACUUUUCUCCGUCCUCUCUCUUACAACUCGAUAACACCGACGCCGACGAUAACUAUUCAAGCGAUGAGGACGACUAUGAAGAGGACGGCGCACAUACUGUACAUAAAGUUAUGACAACUGGACACAGACCUGAAUGCAGUCAUUACAACAAGAGAUUGGAUGUCAGUCCUGUCAGUACUAAAGAUAAUAUUUAUGUACACAACGUUAGAGAUGUCCUUAAAGAUAGUCCAAUGAUUUUUCAUCGACAACAAAGUGAAAUCUAUUCCACUGAAAGAGAUCGCGGAGUAAUUGUACUUAAAAGAGAUGACAACCCCAGAGUUGGUCUGUCUUCAGGCUCAUCAUCAACAGACUCACAGCCCAGUGAACACCAACAACAGUAUGAAUAUUCAUAUGACAUACACGAGCCAACCACCAGCACCUAUACAUAUGACGAUACAUAUGUUGAUAGUCAUCAUUCAGUUGGACACCACUCGUCGGCUGCCAUUAAACGAGACAAUAAUAGCCGACAAAUKAGCCGUUUGUCAUCAAUUCGUGCCUCAAUUCGGAACACUUUUUCCCGUAAGAAAUCACGUCGUCGUCAGACUGUUUCACUUCAGUUGAAUAGUGUUUCACAAAUCGAUCGCAUCUCACGAGUCAUCUUUCCGUUGGCUUUCCUUAUAAUGAAUUUGGUUUAUUGGUAUAUAUUCUUGAGGGCAGAGAUGAAGUUUGACAGACAAAACAAUUUCAUCUAA